UCAGACAAGAGAAUUUCCAGUCUUUUAUGUGUGGCCUGCAGAGUGUGGUGUGUCUGUGAUUUCGGCGUUUGGGUCCGGUCGACGACACUUCUCCCACCCUGAAAACAAAAAAAAAACUGUAGAGUGUGUGUGUGUGUGAGUGUGUGGUGGGGCCAAAGAAGGAAUUUCUCGUGCAGCACUGAAAAAAGUCCGACAUUUUGAGUUUCCUAACGCCUUGGUUCUUAGUCUCUUCAGUUUUAACCUCGUCGACCAAAAGGACCCAAAAUUAGUUAUUUGUGUGUCGACUCUGAAGGAACCUUUUCUUGUCAAGGAUAUCCACACUAGCCCAAGAAAUCGCCGAUGGGAUCGGUUCAACAGAAGACGCCACAUCAAAAGUCAAUGAGACAGUGUAUGCUGCUGUCCUCAACCUUUGUUACAGCAGCUCGAGCUCUGGAUGUGGUCAAAGCCACCUCAUUCAUCGAACCACACCACUACUAAGCACACUAGGAGAAUGUCUGCGUGAUCAACCAAGAAAGAAAGUGGAGCCAUGAUUAGGCGUCUGUGAUAGAGCCUUUUUCUCCCCACAGAAGGCUCGAAGUUUGUGUUCCUCUUUGUGUGCAUGUCCGACAACAACCCAGAAUCAUCCACCUUCCUCUCUUGCCUGUGCCCAUCACACAGAAGCUAGAAGCAACGGAAUCAGCCAGGCUAAAGUGAGUCCUAGCUGUUGUUGUGUGUGGGGGAAAAGGGUGGGUGUUGUGUGCGUGGGUUAGUUUGGCGAUGUCGCUGGGCUAUUUCAUGAACACGCGCUGGGGCGGACUGGCGGCAGCCGUAGCGGCACAGCAAGCAACCAACGACGAACUCAACGCUCUCAAUCCAUCGGCCAUCCCGCAUCACUAUACGGAGGAAAACAGCAAUCCGUUCGCCUUCACAUUGCCCUACGGCGCUCCGUUAUCGAUUGCCGGCGCUUAUCCUCAGCACCACAACAGUGGUGGUGGUGCCCCGACAGGCAAUAACGGUGUUCCUACCUAUCUCCAUCAGCAGCAACAACAACACCACCAUCACCAUCCGCACAACUCAUUUGCGCCUUCCGUAGAACUCGGAGCCGCCUUGAGUCUCGCGGGUGGACCGUUGGACCCUCUCCGUCUGACCUCUCCUUCUAUGCCGCACCUCUGCGGCCUGGACGAAAGGACGAUUGGACAUUUUAAAUCUCUCUAUCCACCUCCACCGUCUCUGAGUGGUGUAGGCCAAAUCGACGACUCUUCGUCGAUGCUGUGGCAACCGCAUCAACAGUCUCUACCCGUCGCCGUGCCUCCUCAUCCUCAUCACUCUCUACCUCUGCCCACUUCCUCGUCCAAUACUCACCCGUCGUUGAAUUCGUUAGGUAACAACGGACAGCAGCAACAUCUGAACGCUCAUCCACAACAAGGAGUCGCUCUCUUGCCCAUUUUAACUCCGCACGUUCAAUCAUCCGAAAUGCCGAGUGACAGUCCACCUUCCCAACAACAGCAGAGCUCUUCUUCUGGCAGUAAGAGCAACGGAACGGGUAAUGGAGUGGUGACAAAACCCAAAGCUAAGCCACGACAGCCGGAGGAGGUGCUCAAGUACUUUAGCAACGUGCUGACGCCCUACGAAUGCCAGGAGAUCCUCAACUACCCUCACGUCUACUUCAUCGGUGCCAUGGCUAAAAAGCGGCCCAUAAUGUCAACGCACAAUUCGGGCUAUGACGACGAGCAAGAUUCAUAUAUUCACGUUGUUCAUGACCACGUGGCCUACCGCUACGAGGUGCUCAAAGUCAUUGGCAAAGGCAGUUUCGGCCAGGUGGUGAAAGCCUACGACCACAAGAACCACGUCUACGUGGCGCUGAAGAUGGUUCGUAAUCAACCCCGUUUCCAUCGACAAGCACAGGAGGAGAUCAAGAUUUUGGAACAUUUAAAAAAACAAGACAAGGAUAACAAGAUGAAUGUUAUUCAUUUGCACGAUUGUUUCGUUUUUCGCAAUCAUGUCUGUAUCACCUUUGAACUGCUCUCUAUCAACCUUUACGAGUUGAUUAAGAAGAACAAGUUUCAGGGCUUCAGCCUGCAGCUGGUCCGCAAGUUUGCCCAUUCGCUCCUUCAGUGUUUAGAGGCUCUCGCCCGCAACCGCAUCAUCCAUUGUGAUAUGAAACCCGAAAAUGUCCUAUUAAAGCAGCAGGGCCGCAGUGGAAUCAAAGUUAUCGAUUUUGGCUCGAGCUGCUACGAGAACCAUCGGGUCUACACGUACAUCCAGUCGCGCUUCUACCGAGCGCCCGAAGUCAUUCUGGGCCUGCGCUACGGCCUACCCAUCGACAUGUGGUCGCUGGGAUGCAUCCUGGCUGAGCUCCAUCUCGGAUACCCUCUUCUUCCCGGCGAGGACGAAUCGGACCAACUGGCCUGCAUGAUUGAAUUAUUGGGCAUGCCGCCACCGAGGCUCAUCGAACAAUCGAAACGAGCCAAAAUGUUCUUUAGCUCUAAGGGAUACCCCCGAUAUUGCAUGGCCACGACCAGGCCGGACGGCACAAUUGAGCUUCAAGGCGGUUCGUCUAGACGGGGCAAACCGCGUGGACCACCCGGUUACCGGAGUUUGGCCACCGCCCUUAAAGCGAAAGGCCAGGGAUACAAGGCUACCACGGCCAACAGUGCAGCCAACGUGGUCACCAAUGGCAUCAGUGCUGCAGAAUGGUCCGAAGACGAAACCCUCUUUGUUGACUUCAUCUCCCGAUGCCUUGACUGGGAUCCAGAGACCAGGAUGACUCCCGAUGAGGCCUUGCGGCAUGGCUGGCUGCGACGUCGGUUGCCACGUACGCCAGCCAAAUCUACGGCCGUUGAGAGCCCCGCUAGACAGGCACCUUGGCGGACGUCGAGUACCGGUAGCGUGGGUAGCGGGACCAAUAGUCUUGGUGGAGGUCCUGGUGGCGGUAAUGGCGGUUGUAUCAGCGACCGUUCCAGUGGCGGAACCGGUGACUUGAUGGUCCUCGGUGAUACGACUUCAUCAAAUGGGACGACAGUCAUGGUUCAGCAGUCGACAUCCUCUGUUGGUACAUCAACCUCUGCAGCUGGAAGUAGUCAGCAGCAACAACAGCAGCAGCAACAACAACAACAACAGAACGGAGGAGGAGCUUGGCCACCGGUGACGACUCGGGUCUUCAUGCGAACCCGAAGAGCUGCCAUGAACGAAGCACUGGCUUUGACUGGCCAAGGAACGUCUUCAGCGACUGCUUCUGGCGGCAUGUCGGUUGCGACCAAAUUACCCCACAGUGGCAGUACCGGCUCUCUAGCUUCGACAUUGACGGGUCCAGCAGCAGCGGCUGGGCAAAGAAGAUACUCUACCCGGUUACCCGUCAUUGAUCACUCGUGCUACCCUAACGGCGUUUCUUCCUAAUGAAACUGAGAGUUUUUAACCCCCAGCUCUCACAACCAAUCUCUUCUCUCUCUCCUCUUCGUUUUUCUCUUUUAUCUGACAUGUAUUUUACCCCGGCAUUCUCAUUUCACGCGACACGGAUGAAAACUCGUCGUGAGAAUCCAUCGACAGCAUAUGCGCUCUCCCCCGUACGCUUUUACUUUGUGUCUCGUCAACUGCCUCUCUACCCCCUCGUGUCUAUUUCGAGGAGCAGCAAACGAUAAAAGUCAUCAGCCGUUGUCGACUUAUGUACCCUGUUUUGAAAUGGUUUUUCUUUUUUUGGAAAGCAAAACACUCACGGGUAAAGAAGACUGUAGAAAUCUCUCUAUUUCGCUAGUGCACGCUAUUCUUCUUGAGAGUAAAGAAGAACGAUGAUAAAGAAGAAAAAACGGACUAUCUCUAUCUCCUUAUCAAAUUCUGAUCUCUGCGGAUCGUUGACGAAUUGUCUUGCUUCUUACUUCAACUCCCGAACGAGGCAGGGAACGUCACACAUGGGGUGGGCUAAAGGAUAGUAGAAGAAGAAGAAAACGAAGCUCUCUUCCAUACCCAUUCGCUCAUUCGUGAUGAUCUCUCGCUCGCGUUAUCUGCAAAGUUAUCGCUAUGGAAGUUUAGGUUCCUCCGGGUGGUAAAAAAAGACACAUAAUCAUAAAGGGGAGAUUGGGUGUGUUGCUCAUUCGUUGAUUUCUGGACUAGUUUUCACGUUUUUACUAUUGUUUGUUUGUUAGUUUUCUUUUUUCUUUUGGCCUUUUUUUUUUUUUUUUUUACCUUUUUUUAUUUAUUUUCAUUUUUUUUUUUGUAUGUGUUGUGUUGGGUCGAAGUUUUCACUUUGGACGUCGCCGUAUGGAAACGCCAAAAAUUGGAAAUAAGAAUAACAAAUGUAUUUUAAAAAGACAAAAAAAAAUAAGACAAAUAAUUUUGUGACAUUUUGGGCGAUGAAUUUUGACCAUAGCCAAACAGAAGUGCAGCGGCGACGAAAAAUCUGUAGUCUCCCACAGCAUUGUUUCAGAUUUUUUUUCCUGGAAUUAAAAAGAAAAAGAAAAAAAAAAAGACAUGCAUCCCUCUUUCCCUUUUUUAACAAAAUAUGAUUGGUCGAUGAGAGCAACAGUCCCAUUGUAAUUUGCCCAUUUUUUUUAUUUUGUUUCUGAAGAAAAAACUCGUUUCGAUUGGCGACCUACGUUAUGACACAACAGGAACAAGUGUAGCAUUGUUUAGAUUGUCCAUUAUAGUUUUGUUGGCAAAAAUGAUUCCUCUGCGAACGUUCUCUCUCUUUAUUCUGUGUGACGUGAGAACAAAUUGUAUUAUUGCAUACUAUUUGUUUCUGAUCCACUCACAGAAAUCCCAUCUCUCAGUAAAUUGUAGAUGGCACCUUGAAGAAAAAAUGUUCUCUCUUUCAAUACCUAGCGUCAUUGCAUCCUCGUCGAUUAAAACCAUUGUCUCUUUUGGGGUCAUGAUGUUGCCAUGGCAAAAUGUUGUUUCCCCGAGCACGAAGAAGACGCCGAUCAUUCGGAGUCCGCGGAAGGAUCUUAAAUUCCCGGAGGGGAAUCACACACGCUAUUCUCCCCAGCAGAAAGCAUCUGUCUCUGUCUCUCCAAACUUGUUCCGUAGUCCUCGUUGUCAUGACCAAAAUGCAUCGUAGUAAGCUUUUAUUGCGUUGUUCUCUUCUCACUCUCGCUAGAGAUCCGAAAAUCAUCUUGCCCCGACCGUCGACUCUCUGUCUCCCCUCUCUCUCAAUUUCUUUCUCUCUCUUUCUCUGUGUAUCCGUUUUUUUUUUAUUGACGCUCUGUCGUGUGUAUGUUGUGUGUGCGUGUGUAUGCGUGAAAGUGCCGAGUAUUGCUACUGCUAUUGCUGCUCUAAUGCUGUGUAUUUGGCCUUGUAUUUUGGACGAUAAUAAUGAAGUGAAUGAUUUUGAUUGUGUCACAUGUGUCUUGUGUGCUUUAAUCAAAUUUUUCCCUUAUGUCUCCCUCUCUACGAUUCUCUUUUGUGUUCCUCCUCGUAUGUUAGUAAUGAACGUGAUUUUAAGUCGACAAGACAGCGAAAAGAAAAAACUCGUAUGAAUCA